UCGUUUUUGAAGACGCCUGAAAUUCGUUGACUAUCCAAACUGCAACUAUUUAAAUCAUACAACCACAUCUGAAAGUAAUGAGUUGUGUUCUUAAGAUAUUCGAGUAACUAUCGGAAAGGACUUUAUUUAACAAUCAACAAAAACUCAAGAUGGAUGCAGUCUCAGGGAAAAAGGCACUUGAGGGAAUAGGAUCGGUGUCUGACCACACAUUCUGCCAGACAUGUGCGAACGAUGGCAAGGACAUCCCUCCUGAUGCCUUCUGUACCGUCUGCAAGGAGUUCCUGUGUUCCCACUGUGCCCGAGUACACAGGAACAUGACGUUUACCAAAAGCCACCCUCUUCAGGACAAGAGUACCAUGCCUUCUUCACUCCAACCAGAGAGUGAGAAUAAGCAUUUUACGGAAACAUGUCAACGCCAUGCCGAAGAGUUCAUAAAAUACUUUUGUCCCAAUCACGAGACACUUCUGUGUGGAGACUGCUUGGCUGAGAAAGUACAUAGCUUAUGCACUAUUGAAAGGAUAUCUGAAGUGGCAAAGCGGUACAAGGAGGGCCCAGAAUACAACGGUCUGAAGGCAGGACUUGUCCAGGUGGUCAAUGACAUCGGCAACCUUUCAGACAACAUACAAGCGAGCAUGAAAUAUAUUGAUGAAGAGAGCUUUACAAAUAUCAAUGCGCUUCGAAAGUUCAGGAAUGAAAUCAACCAACACCUGGAUAAGAGGGAACAAGAGUUACUGAAAGAUAUUGAGCAGAAGAAACGGAAAUCACAAAGUAUGUUAGGUGAACUAAAAUCAAACUGCCAAGACAUACAAGCUGCCACUGAGAAGCUCAAGGCUGAGCUACAAGCCGAGGAGGUCAGCAACAACCAGUUGUUCAUAUCUGGAACAAGAGCGAUCAAGGAGUUACUCGGUUUUCAAUCAGCCCUAAAGGACAUCAGGGGUAAAAAUAGUGUGUCAUACUUCAAGUUCAGUAGGGACCCCACAACAGAACAGUUGCUGGCCUCAUGCACUGCAAUUGGCCGAGUGGACCAGGUGGUGUCAGAUUUGGCAGACCAGGUGGCGUCAGAUUUGGCAGACCAGGUGGCGUCAGAUUUGACAGACCAGGUGGCGUCAGAUUUGACAGACCAGCAGAAAAAACCUCAGGUGCCAGCCUUAAACCAGAGCCGUGCAGACCUAAGCCAGUCCCUGUUUAACAAGCUGCCUGACAUCCCAGUGAAGACAUUAAAUGACACAAGUGACUGCUUCCUGGCCGGUAUGGCCCUCCUGCCAGGGGACAGGCUACUGCUGUCUGAUUGCUACAAUCACUCAUUAAAGCUGGUUGACACCACGAAUAACAAGCUGGUGUCUCAGGUGAAACUGCCAGGUAAUCCGUGGGACCUGUGUCUCCUGCCCGGGGACAGGGCAGCCGUCACUCUGCAUUGGGAGAAGAAGAUACAGUUCGUUUCUACUCAGGAAAAUGUCACGCUUCAGGAUGUUGUUAAAGUGGAUGGAGAAUGUCGUGGAAUAGAUUUCUGUGAUGACAACCUGAUAGUGUCCUUCUGCCUCCCAGGCAAGGUUGUGUUGAUGGACAUGAAGGGAAAGGUGAAGAAACGUGUGUACAAUGACACCAGUGGAAAACCUUUGUUUCAGGCACCGUCGUAUCUGACAGUGACCAGAAAGAACCAGACUCCUCCGGUCAUAUAUGUCUCAGACAGGGACACCCACACCAUAACCAAGCUGAGCUUCUCACUAGAGGUGCUCCAGUCCUACAAAGACCCGAUACUUAAUUUACCACGUGGUAUGGCAGUCGUGGGGGACAACCAGCUGCUCGUGUGUGACAGGGACAAUAACAACAUCCUGUUACUGGACACACUCACCGGCAAGAUAACCCAACUGCUGGGGAAGGGGAAGCGGAUAGAGCGUCCAUACAGUGUGGCUUACUGUCCAAAAAAGAAAAUGAUGUUUGUCACCUGCAGUUUUGAUAACAAACCUGAAUUGGAGAAUUUCGUGAAAGUUUUCAACUUGGUUUAGGUAAUUACCAAUUAAUCAAUUAAUAUGAGUGAUAUCUAUAUCCGGUGUAAAGUAAUUGAUAUGUUUAAGAACGAUUCUGAUGCACAGUAUCAUACUGAAAGCACGCUUAAACAAUGCUAAAUUGCACAUAUCGCGCAAUUCAGUUCUUGUGAAAGUAUUUAACGGAUAACAAGACGUUUAAAUUAUGUUGAAUUCUAAAUGUUUGCACAAGUGACAAGUUGCGUAUUAGAAAUGAAUAUACGAGUAUGAGAAUGUGUAUUAUAAGUUGAAAUGGUAGUAGCUGAUUGUGUAUGAAUUAUACUUACAUGUUGGCUUCUUACCAUAUAUAAACGAAGUUUAUGUAAAAUGUGUGAAUGUUUAACAUUGUUUUUGUGUAAUUGAAUUAAUAAGAAUAUAUAGUAAUCGACACGAUGUGUCAUUUGUUCAUGCCGUUUGUAUUUAAUAAAUAUGAUGUUUAUAAUAUGUUUAUAUUGAAAUUAAACAUUCAUGUACGUGUCCUUAUACAUGUAUAAUACAUUGACCUAAGUGUGAAUUGUUUCCAUAAAGUGGACUGAAUUAUUUAAACAGAUAUUGACCAUAGUUAAAAUAGUUUCCUCCUAUAUUAGUUGAAUAAUUAAACAG